AUAUAUUGGUAAUUUUUUUUUUUCUCUCCCCCACCUGAUGCAUGUGGUUUUCCAAAAUUAAAAACCAAAAUCAUCAACAAGGCCCAUCAAAAUCCAAAGCGCGCCUGGCGCGUUCUUUCUUCCCCUUCGCGAUGAGAUCUUCUGUGGCUCCUCCUCUUCUUAUUUUCUCUUUCUCAGUCUUGCUCUCUAUCUUUUCAUGCUCAAGCGAUGAUACUACAUUCAACGGUUUCUAUUUUUGUACUACUUGGGAUUGUCGUUGCAGGAGCUGCCCUAGGGUAUUGGAUGGUGCGGAAAUUUGUUAUUGCAGAAGACGGAAGUGUGGAUGUUGGUGUAGCUCAAUUUGUGAAAUGGGCCAUGCGCGUCAUCGCAGCAACAUUUAUCUUCCUGAGUACUCUUGAUACUCCUUUGGCAAUGGGGGCAUUGGCUUCUUGUUUGUCAAUCUGCUUUCUUAUCACUUCCUUCAAGUGGAAUGGUCCAGAUUCUACCAUUAGUUUUGGGAAUUCAAUUUAUUCUGCAAAUGGGAAUCCUUGGCGGGGUAGAGGACGAACAAAUGUAAGACAAAAUUGUGCUGAAUUUCUCAGCAGGUCAGGGAUGGUGGCUUCACGGGGAACACUGUGGAACAGCCCAAGGAGACCUUCUGGUUGGUCUGACUCUCCUGUUAAAGUUUGUUUUUGGCUGUUGCAGUAUGAUAUCUCCGACAACUGGGAGGGUGACGAAAAAUCAGCAAGAUUACUUUCAACAUUCCAUAGGACACCCAAUAGAAAGAAGUUUUCAAAAAAAGAGUGGGAAAAUUUCACCCAGGAAUCAACCCGACAUGCUGUGGCUGAGUUGGCAUCCUUUCCAAAGUUCACUGAUUAGAUUAUUAAGCAUGCUGACAGGAUACAACUCCUUCCAGAUGAUAGUUCAGAUAACACAAUUGGAAGUGGCUCAGAUUCCACAGAUGAGAAUCUUGUAGAAAGUGGCGAUCGAUUUAGUUUGUGCAAAUGGUAGCAGCAACCUUAGUAGGAAAUUAGUUACUUGUAGCAGUACCAUGAGGUUUAGGCUAGGAAUGGUGCUCAUUUAAUUUUUCUUCUUUGUUUUAGGUUUACUUUUAAUACAUCAUAUUAUGUCAUUAAGCAAUUGUGGCAAAUCUUUUGAAAUCUUCUAAUCAUGUUAUAGUGCCUGCUCUUUCUAUGCCUCUUCCUACCAAAAACUUUUGAUGGUUGCAUAAAGAGAGCAUUGUCAAGUGUUUUAACUCU